AUGACCGACUUCGACUGCCCCUCGCACCAAGAAGUGAUAAGCCCAACGGCUUUGGCACAUGUUGUACUUCGCACCAAGAAUUUGGCUGCGAUGAGAGAUUUCUAUGUCACUUUUCUGGGGGCCAGAAUCUCGCACGGCAACGACUUCGUUUGUUUUCUGUAUUACGACGAAGAACACCACCGCAUCGCCAUCGUUCAAAUCGAUCAAACUGUACCAAAGAACGUCACAAGCUGUGGCUUAGAACAUGUCGCCUUCGCCUUCCCUGACCUCUCGACGCUCCUGCUGAGCUACCGCCAACGAUUGCAAAGAGGAAUCAAGCCAGUAUGGAACGUCAACCAUGGACCAACGAACAGUAUCUACUACAAGGAUCCUGAUGGGAACCUUAUUGAGACGCAAGUCGAUAAUUUUCAAAGCGCAGACGAAGUCAAAAAGUACAUGGCUGGACCUGAAUUUGCAGAGAACCCGAUUGGUACUGAUUUCGACCCUGAAGACUACAUUCGACGUCUGCAAGCCGGUGCAGCGGAGUCUUCCUUUCGCAAAAGACAGGAGAUAGGACCUCGCGGACUCGUGAGUGCGGAGUCCUUCGAAGGAAUCACGUCGAUGUAG